AUGGUGAUAAAACAUUUGGGAGCACUAUUUCCAAGGCUGUCUGAGGAGCACCUAAACUAUCCAGAGGUAGCCUUUCAAUAUGCUGUUCACAGGCUGAAUCUUGAUAAAAGUCUUUUGCCUGACACCGAUUUGGUUCAUCAUAUCGAAUAUCUCAGUACGGAUUCCUUUAAGGCUGUACAAAAAGUUUGUAAGCUUAUCCAUGUCGGUGUUCAGGCAAUAUUUAGUCCAAGCAAUUCUGUUCUGGCCACUCAUAUAAAUUCAAUAUGCGAUGAUCUGGAUAUACCAGAUAUAGGUAUAGGUCGUUCGACCCAAGACUUUUCCAUAAAUGUUCAUCCAUCGCAGGAACACGUUAAUCGGGCAUUUGUUGACGUUAUACGAUAUUUGAAUUGGACCAAGUUUGGUAUAUUAUAUGAAAAGGAUCACGGUAUAAUUACCUUAAAUCAACUUUCCCGCUCAGUUCAGGCAGAAGUCCAUAUACGACAGGUAUCUCCGACUUCAUAUCUGUCUGUUCUCAAUGAGUUUAAAAAUAAGGAAAUUCACAAUGUUUUAAUUGACACGAACUCAGCUGGUAUUUCCAUUCUAUUAAAAAAUAUUCUUCAGCAGCAAAUGAAUGAGUACAAAUAUCAUUAUUUGUUUACGAGCUUCGACUUGGAAACCUUUGAUUUAGAAGACUUUAAAUACAAUUUUGUGAAUAUAACCGCAUUUCGACUGGUUGAUAUGGGCGAUGUGGCGGUGAAAGAAGUUCUUAAAGACAUGGAAUCUUAUGAUCGACAUAUAUUAAAGCGCAACUCAUCCAUUUAUAAUUUUAAGAAAUCGGUUAGCAUUGAGACGGAAGCCGCAUUGAUGUUUGACUCAGUAUAUGUGUUUGCCAUCGGUCUGCAAUCAAUAUAUCCCCUGAUCCAUCUGCCCAAUUCAACAUGUGACGAUGAGGUGCCUUGGAAUGGAGGUCUCAGCUUGAUUAACUAUAUAAAUGCGGUUGAAUGGAAAGGAUUAACAGGGCCAAUCCAAUUUAAAGAAGGUCAACGAGUUCAAUUUAAACUGGACUUGAUCAAAUUAAAGCAACAUUCAAUUGUUAAGGUUGGUGAAUGGACUCCCCAAAAUCAUCUGAAUAUAACGGAACCUUCAUUAUUUUUUGAUGCCGGUUCAAUGAAUGUUACAUUGGUAGUUAUAACAAUAUUGGAAACGCCUUACGUAAUGAUGCGUUAUGGAAAGAACUAUACUGGAAACGAACGUUUUUAUGGUUUUUGUGUCGAUAUAUUGGAAACGAUAUCACAUGAGGUGGGAUUUGAUUACAUAUUGGACUUGGUACCCGAUAGAAAGUAUGGUGCCAAAGAUCCAGAAACAGGCCAAUGGAAUGGCAUGGUUGCCCAGCUAAUGAAAUAUAAGGCGGACUUGGCCGUUGGAUCCAUGACCAUUACAUAUGCCAGGGAAAGUGUUAUCGAUUUCACUAAACCAUUUAUGAAUCUAGGUAUUAGCAUUUUAUUCAAGGUGCCGACAUCGGAACCAACUAGAUUAUUUUCAUUUAUGAAUCCAUUGGCUAUUGAAAUUUGGAUCUAUGUUUUGGCGGCAUAUUUACUUGUAUCACUGACCAUAUAUAUAGUUGCAAAAUUGGCUCCGAUGGAAUGGCGAAGAAUACAUCCCUGUGAUUUGGAUAAUCUAACGAUAAGCAAUCAAUUCUCCUUAUCAGACAGUUUUUGGUUUACAAUUGGAACACUGAUGCAACAGGGAUCGGAUAUACAUCCAAGAGCUGUGUCUACUCGUAUUAUCACCAGUAUUUGGGGAUUUUUCUCUCUUAUUAUUGUUGCAUCAUAUACGGCCAAUCUGGCCGCAUUUUUAACUGUAGAACGUAUGAUGAAUCCCAUUGAAAAUGCCGAAGAUUUGGCCAGCCAGACGGAGAUCUCGUAUGGAACCCUAGAAAGUGGUUCAACAAUGACUUUUUUCCGGGAUUCGAUGAUUGAAACAUACAAAAAAAUGUGGAGAAUUAUGGAUAAUAAGAAGCCCUUGGCAUUUACAACCACUUAUGAGGAUGGCAUAAGGCGUGUCAACCAAGGAAAUUAUGCCUUCCUAAUGGAGUCCACAAUGCUUGAUUAUAUAGUUCAACGAGACUGCAACUUGACACAGAUCGGUGGCUUACUGGACACCAAAGGUUACGGCAUUGCAACACCAAAAGGAUCGCCAUGGCGCGACAAGAUAUCAUUGGCGAUAUUGGAGCUUCAAGAAAAAGGAGAUAUCCAAAUGCUCUACGACAAAUGGUGGAAGAACACCGAUGAGACUUGUACACGAAAAAGCAAUAAUAAACAUUCGAAGGCAAAUGCCUUGGGACUUGAAAGUAUAGGUGGUGUUUUUGUUGUGCUACUUGCUGGAAUUUUAGUUGGAUUUAUCGUAGCAUUCUUUGAAUUCUUAACCAACUUCCGGAACCAGGCAAAAUCAAUGAGAAUCAAUCAUGAGAUCUGUAAAAAUCAUCAUAAUGCCCACGUUGAUAAGGAUUAUGUAUCACCUCCUCGAUCUUUCUGGGUGGAAAUGUUCGAGGAACUUCGAUUUGCCAUUUGGUGCACUAAUAAACGGCAAAGACCGGAGCUAAGUGCCUGCUGCGAGGAAUGUCAAAUCAAUUAAGGAAACCCCCCAAUUUUUUAUGAUCGAUAAUUA